GCAACUGACUGAAUAUCACUCCAGUCCCUGGUGUCAUCCCAUUUCCCAUCAGCCUUCGUCCUCGGCCCUCGUUCCUCGCAGGACUCUCAAUUGCCAUUUCCAAUCGAACGCUCGCUUCGCCACAAUGGUAUGUUCCCACUGUUGAGAAAUAAGUGAUGCGUAGGACUUCCUGAUUAUCUAUCCAACGGAUUUCGUGGCAGGUGGUCGCGCAAGCAGCAAGGACACGCGAAACGACCCACAUCUCCGAGAAAGAGUCAUUGCAACUGACGAGGAAUCUGUUGCGCAUUGCUGUCUUCAACAUCAGCUACAUCCGAGGCCUUUUCCCGGAGAAGUAUUUUGACGACAAAUAUGUGCCUGCUCUGGGUAAGUGCUCCUCCCUCACAGGUGACGACAAGGAGCGAUAUGAGCACUAGUAACUAUUUCUUCUGCAGAAAUGAAGAUCAAGAAGCUCAUGCCUGUGGACCCAGAGUCGAAGCGCCUGAUUGACUGGAUGGAGCAAGGUGAGUGCUGACGAAACUGGAAGUCGGCAUUACGCAGCGAAGUGCUAAUCUCAGUGCUCAACUUUCAGGUGUCUAUGACGCGUUGCAGAAGAAAUAUCUGAAGACUAUGGUAUUUGCGAUUUGCGAAUCAGACGGAAAGUCUCUUUUGGAAGAGUAUACAUGUAAAGUCGAUUAUGCGCUGUACCAGUUGUCUCUUGCAUAUUGUGAGCCAACCUCACAUUUUUGCUUCUUUUCAAUGCAGUCAACUUCUCGUAUGCGUCCCAGACCGGGGACGUGUCUCUGAACAUAUCAAAGUCUGGAUGUAAGGUCAAAGAUACCACGAUCAACCCCGUCGGCUCGGAUGCAACUCCCGCACAGAUGAAGUAAGACGUGUUUCACUUCUGUCUCUCACCGUGUGCUAAUCGAGAAAGCUAACUGGCACUGCAUCCACAGAAACUCUGCAUGCAAGCUUGUUCGAACGCUCGUGCAGCUCAUGAGAACACUUGACAACGUCCCCAAUGAGAGAACAAUCAUUGUGAAGCUCUUGUAUCAUGAAGAUGUCACGGUAAGUGCCUGAAAUGGGUUGAAGUCCUGGUCUUUAAAUAAUCACUGACUCACUGACAAUGUAGCCCGAAGACUACGAACCGCCUUUCUUUCGAAGCUGUGGCGAGAAGGAAAAGCUGAACUGGUCUAUUACCCCUCUGAAGAUGAAAGUUGGAGAUGUUGAUAGCAAACACUAUUCGAUUGCUCUGAAGGUGCGGAGUGUUCUUGAUCCUUGUGAUAACAAUGAGGAGCAGCAAGGCAGUCAAAGCAAUGAAACAGAAACCUCGGGCCAGUCAUCUGAGUCAGACGAAGAUGAAAUUGGCCAUGGGAAAAAGGACGGAAGUACCAGGGAGACAAGCCACCUUUCAAAAAAGGAGCAAGACAAUGAAACCUGUGUGUGGCCGGUAUCUCAUUAUGUUGUUGUUCUCGUCAUAUGGUUCACACCUAACAGCCCUUCUAUGUUUGCAGCUAAACUCAUGAGCACUUCUUCGGCUCCACCUUUAAGUCUUAUCAGGUCAUGGAUUCUAUCAAGGCCAACGACCACCGUUGACGUCAUGGAUGUUUUGGCCAACUUUCCGGAUGUGUCUUUGGUGUCUAUUGAAGGUAUGCGAGAAAAAUAUGCAGCUUGCAAUGUGUUCGUCAACUUAUUGGGGGUUUCUUUCAGAAAUCAUGGACCAGCUUGUCAAUGAAGGAAAACUUCACACUGUGAACGCGGACCUAUACUCCUUAGUACAUGGAGACGAGGUUGAUCUGGUGAGAAAGCCCAGCACCAUAUUCUAAUUACGCAAUGGUGGCAUGGUCCAUAGCUUAUAUUUCCUUUGGAUUUCAGAAACAGCCCAGCCCUAAGAAGCAUGGCUCUCCAGUUCAGAAGUCGUCGGAUGCUUGCGAAGAGGACGAGCACACUCGGAUGUAUCACAAGGCUUUGGAGCAUGUAUUCAAUUUGGAAUACGUGACUAUUGCAAACCUACAGUCCAUUUUGGGAAACACUACACCUGUGGCAUCAGUAAAAAAGAUAUUGGAGCAAAUGGGAUCAGAAGGGUACAUUGAAAGUACAGCCAGCAACAGGAAGAAAGGAAGGAAGGUUCUGCGUUCCAAGAAGAUUCACACUGGAAUGGAGGAAGACAAUCGUGAAGCCAAAGACGGCGUACAUGGGGUUGCCCCCGCUCCCUCUACAAGGAAGGCACAUGUUGAACCGCAGACAGUUGUGAGCCCUUCUGCAGUGGCUCAGGCUUGCUCGUUAGGGUCAGAUAUGACGAGGUCUCGAGUAAGGGAGGUCUCUGUUGUGAAGAGCGAGAGUGGGUUCAAGGAGCCAGCUUCUUCUUUGAAGGGCAAAAACUUGUCCAGAAAGGCUCCUCCUGAGGUCAGUUCCACUGGAUAUGAGAAGAUGAAGCUGGGACCAGAACCAGGGUUGUUUGGGGAGCUGGAAUUUGUGAAGGAAAGCCAAGACACCAUCAACUUCAGCAAUCCAAGAAUCCGCAAGGCCAGCAUGGUGGUUGAACCUAUUCAGCAAACAUUCAAGAGGCAGCGAUCAUCAGCUUGUUAGGACACGGUGGUGCCUACAUGUGGCAUUGAUGGCAGGAAUUGAGCAGGAGCUCUUCCUGAUGGCAGGGUGUUCCAUGCUUUGAGGAUGGGCCCCACAGAAUGCUACUGGAAUACCUACUGACAUGGCAGCUGGAAAAAGCACCUAUCAAUCACUGGAUGUGGAUGUAUUUUCGUUUACUACUGGUAGUUAAGUACAUGAUCAUGGUUUACAGGGUAAAACGAGAAAAGUGAUCGCCUUGGCCGCUGGAGCUUUUCCGCAUCCUCUAGGCUCUCUUCAUGCACUAACCUG